AUGCCAGCCGCUGCAGCAGACUCUCGUGAGUAUCAGGACAUCUUCCACUGGGCAGAGACCCAAAAGGACGGUCAGAUACCAUCGUUUGGCACCAGAAAGAACGAUCCUUAUGAGUACCAAUCGGGCUUCAACAACAGUUUUGCAUCAGAAGCCGUUCCGGGGACUUUGCCACAAGGCCAAAACAGUCCUCGAAAUGUACGAUUUGGACUCUAUGCCGAGCAAAUGACUGCUUCGGCUUUUACUGCAUCACGAGCAUUGAACAAAAAGGCAUGGCUGUACCGUGCCCGGCCGUCAGUAGCUCAUCAAGGAUUUACGGAUCUUCCAGACAACCCAGACAUGGAAUCCAACUUUCUUCCCAUCAAUCCACGAGUCCAUGUUUCUCCCACGCAGCUCGCAUGGCUGCCAUUUGAAAUCCCGACCGGUACCGACGUCAACUUUGUCGGCGGUCUGAAGACACUGGCUGGCUCUGGAGAUCCAACCCUUCGAGAAGGCAUUGCAACUCAUAUUUAUGCCGCCAACACCAGCAUGAACAGGGAGGCCUUUGUGAACUCGGAUGGGGACUUUCUGAUCUGCCCUCAGCAAGGAGUCCUCGAUAUACAGACUGAAUUCGGAAAGCUCUUUGUCCAACCGGGCGAAAUUGUUGUCGUUCAGCGUGGGCAGAAAUUCAAGGUCAACCUGCCAGAUGGUCCCUCGCGCGGUUACAUUCUGGAGAUCUGGGGAUCCAACUUUGAACUUCCAGAACUGGGGCCUUUGGGUGCAAAUGGACUGGCUAAUGCCCGAGACUUCCUCCAUCCUGUCGCUCAUUAUGAUAUCGAGCAAGCCGACUGGGGCAUCAUCUACAAAUUGGGCGGCAAGUUGUUUCGCUGCUCGCAGCAACACAGCCCGUUCGACGUCGUGGCAUGGCAUGGCAAUUAUGUCCCUUACAAAUACGAUUUGACCAAAUUCGUCAAUGUCGGAUCCAUUUCCGUCGACCAUAUCGACCCCAGCAUCUUCUGCGUGCUGACUGCGCGCUCUCGCGACCCGGCUGCUCCCCUUGCCGACUUUUUGAUCUUUUCUCCUCGCUGGGACGUAGCAUCGCACACCUACCGUCCGCCAUACUUCCAUCGAAAUGUCGCCUCGGAGUUCAUGGGCCUGCUAUAUGGAGAGUAUGGAGGUCGCUCAGACGAGUUCCAGCCCGGCGGAGCCUCAUACGAGUGUGGUAUGGUUCCACAUGGUGUCGCCUACGAGCAGUUCAAAGCCGCCACCGAGAACGAGCCUCCGGUCAUGCAGAUCUCCAAGGGCACCGUUGCGUUCAUGUUUGAAAGCUCGCGUCCCUUCACUAUUACCGAUUACGCCUGGAACAGCGACAAGAAGCACGUCCACGCGGCGGACAUGUGGGACAAUUUGAUCGAUAACUUUUCUCAGCACCAGGAGGAAGUCCAGAAGUUGCUCGCUAUACGGGGCUCAAAGCAUAGGAUCUGA